AUGACUGUCUCAACCGCAACCAAGGCGAUGGCCUAUCCACGACCCGACUUUCAACGGAAGGAGUUGAACUGGGCCUCCUUGAAUGGCACAUGGGACUUCAUUUUUGAUGAUUCUGAUAGCGGCCUGUCAGAGCUCUGGCCGCUGAAUGGAAUUCCAGCGGAGGCGGCAAAACAUGCGAAACGUGAAAUCCAAGUUCCUUAUGCUUUCCAGACUCCUGCAUCAGGAAUCAAUCUCCACGAAGCGCAUGAGGUACUUUGGUAUGAGCGCAUGAUCCAGGAUAUUCGAACACCGGAGGAACAGGACAGAGGCAACCGUCUGAUUCUCCGCUUCGGGGCAGUUGAUUACGAGUGUUCCGUAUGGAUAGACGGGCAGCUUGUCGGUGGCCACCAGGGUGGACAUGUACCUUUCGACCUGGACAUCUCAGAUGCAGUUGCCAGCAAGCGCGAAUCCCGUCUCACUAUGCGUGUCCGCGACUCACCGACCGACCUCACCCAGCCACGCGGAAAGCAAUACUGGGGCCCUGUCCCGGAGUCGAUCUACUAUACCCCUACGAGUGGAAUUUGGCUUUCUGUCUGGAUGGAGAGUGUGCCCAUGACCCGAUUGGGUUGCGGUAGCUACGGCACAAUUCUUCGCUCGGAUGAUAUCGAGAAUGGCCAGCUCCAUGCGCGGCUUGCAGUUAUUGGCAAAAGACGGCGCAAGACUACAUACCGUGUUGAAAUAGAAGCCCGCCUUGCUGGUAUCCUCGUGGGUCAAGUCACGAGCGACGUCGCCACUGAUAAGGAUGUCGUGAACUUGGACCUUGACAUGAAAGUUUCUGCCUCGCGGAAGCCGAGAUUACCAUUCAGUUCCGACAAGUGCUGGCGCGAUGGUGUCGCCCUGUGGGAACCGAACCAUCCAAUCCUGUAUGACCUGACCCUGCGUCUGUAUACCUCAGGACAACUGGUUGAUGAAAUCUGCACCUCAACGGGCAUGCGGAGCAUCUCCUGGAAAGCCGGGAAUGGUACGUUCCAAAUUAACGGCAAGCCUAUUUUUCAGGCUUUAGUCCUCGACCAAGGUUACUGGCCCGAGACUGGCAUGACCCCUCCAAGCCCGGACGCACUGAAAGCCGACAUAGAGAUGUCGAUGGAAAUGGGCUUCAAUGGCUGCAGAAAACAUCAGAAGGUAGAGGACCCCGUCUUCCUAUACUGGGCUGACAGAUUGGGCUACCUGGUGUGGGGGGAAAUGGCGAACGCUUACGAAUUUACAAACGACGCCGGGCGGUUCAACAGUGAGUGGAUAGCGGCUGUGAAAAGAGACAUCAACCACCCAUGCAUUGUCACAUGGACCCCUGGCAACGAAAGCUGGGGCUAUACCUCGCUGAAAGAUGACGCUGAGCAGCGUAAUCACAUUCGCUCCAUAUACUACAUGACCAAGACCCUUGACCCCAGCCGUCCAAUCAAUGAUAAUUGCGGUUGGGAACAUGUCCUGACCGAUCUGACUACAUACCACGACUACGCCGACUCAUCAGAACUAUCCAAGUCAUGCGCCAAGAUGGAUGGGGGGAUUCUGGGCCAGAAGGCGAAUCGAGACAUGUUUACCGCCCCCAUUUACGAGGGUUCUACUCUUGUCGAUGCCGGUGCACAGCAUACGCCUGGUGCUCCAGUCAUCUGUACCGAGUUUGGGGGGGUCAAUAUCGCUCCUGCGGACGGUACAACGGCGGGUGAACGGGACUGGGGCUAUACCACCGCCACUGAUGCCAAGGAUCUCCUCAUUCGGCUUGAGAAGUUGAUUAUGGCUGUCGUGCGCGGCGGCCAUUCGUGUGGUUUUGUGUACACCCAGCUGUAUGACGUGGAGCAAGAGGUGAAUGGAUUAUACUCGUAUGACCGCAAGGCCAAGAUUCCGGCCGCAAAGCUCAAAACGAUCAUUGACAAUGCGCAAACCUACUAUUAUGCGCACGUCAUGCCCAGAGACGCCGCAUUGGAAAAUGGCCAUCAAAAGAGCAUAUAA